CCGUACAAGACUAUCAACCCCCUUUUGCAUGCCCUAAUUUCAACACCAACACAUCCUUUCACAGAUAAUUGUAGGGACACAAGGAGAUCUCGAAAUCGGAGAGCAAAUCAACACGAUGACGGAUUACGAAGAAAGGUACGAAGGUAACGGGGAAGAUGUUGAAACCUUUGGCGGCGGCUCGUCACCUCAGGCUAGAGCCAACAGCCACGGCGGUGGUGGUGGCGGCACCGAUGAUUUCAGCGAUUCUAAGUCACAGCGUGGUUCUCGUGACUAUGAGAAGGAGUCCUCAAAAAGCAGGUCAAAGGACAGGGACAGAGGACGGGAUAAGGACCGUGACAGGGAAAGGGAUAGGGAUAAAGACAAAGAUAGGGAAAAAAGCCGAGAUCGGGACAGGGAAAGGGAGCGAGACAAAGACCGUGAUCGGCACAGGGACCGUUACAGGGAACGCAGUGAGAGAAGGGAAAGGGGAAGAGAUAGAGAUGAUGAUGAUUAUCACAGGAGUCGAGAUUAUGAUAGGAGGAGAGAUUACGACAGAGAUAGAGAGGAUAGACAUGGUAGGCACAGGUCUCGUUCUCACUCAAGAGCCAAAUCUGAACAUAGGUCAAGAUCACGGUCUCGUUCACGGUCCAAAAGCAAAAGAGUAAGUGGUUUUGACAUGGCUCCUCCAGCUUCUGCAAUAUUGGCUGGUGCUGCUGCAGGGUCGUACCAAAAUGCAUGGUGUUAUUUUGGUCAGGUCCCUGGGACUACCCCCACAAUUCCUGGAAUGUUCCAAAAUAUGUUUCCGUUGGCAUCUGGCCAGUUUGGGGCUCUUCCUGUUAUGCCAGUUCAAGCAAUGACUCAGCAGGCCACUAGACAUGCAAGGCGGGUUUAUGUUGGUGGCCUUUCUCCAACUGCCAAUGAACAGUCCGUGGCAACAUUUUUUAGCCAUGUUAUGUCUGCAAUUGGUGGAAAUACGGCUGGUCCAGGUGAUGCUGUUGUCAAUGUGUACAUUAAUCAUGAGAAGAAGUUUGCUUUUGUGGAGAUGAGAUCUGUUGAGGAGGCAAGUAAUGCAAUGGCUUUGGAUGGCAUUAUAUUCGAGGGAGCGCCUGUAAAGGUCCGGAGACCUAGUGAUUAUAAUCCCUCACUGGCUGCGACUCUUGGUCCAAGUCAACCCAACCCGAACCUGAAUCUAGCCGCUGUUGGCCUGACACCAGGCUCUGCUGGCGGGCUGGAGGGUCCAGACCGCAUAUUUGUGGGUGGGCUUCCGUAUUAUUUCACAGAGGCGCAGGUCAGGGAGCUACUGGAGUCUUUUGGGGCUCUUCGGGGAUUUGAUCUUGUGAAGGACAGAGAAACUGGCAACUCGAAAGGUUAUGCGUUCUGUGUAUAUCAGGAUUUAUCCGUCACAGAUAUUGCUUGUGCAGCUCUUAAUGGUAUCAAGAUGGGUGACAAAACCCUUACGGUUAGACGCGCUAACCAGGGCCAAACACAACCAAAGCCUGAGCAGGAGAGCGUACUGUUACAUGCACAGCAACAAAUUGCAUUGCAGAGACUCAUGUUGCAACCAGGGGCAAUUGGCACAACUCCCACCAAGGUUCUAUGUUUAACACAAGUGGUGACUGAGGACGAGCUCAAAGUUGACGACGAUUAUGAAGAUAUAUUGGAAGAUAUGAGACUAGAAUGUGAAAAAUUUGGUAGCUUGGUGAAUGUGGUCAUCCCACGCCCAAAUCCUAAUGGCGAACCAGCACCAGGAGUUGGCAAGGUUUUCUUGGAAUAUCUCGACACGGAAGGUUCAACGAAAGCACGGGCAGGACUGAAUGGAAGGAAAUUUGGUGGGAACCAAGUGGUGGCGAGCUUUUACCCGGAGAACAAGUUCCAUCAGGGCGAGUAUGAUGGAUAGGUAGUUGUAUUAUGUUUGCUUGUAUUACUUACCAGCCAGCCAGCCAGCCUCAUGUUCGGUUACCAAUUUUCUGUUGAUUAGAACAUAAGAUUAGAUGUGUAAUGUCUGUUUUCGAGAUUUGGUAGAGUUAUUAUUCCUGACUUGAUGGCGAGUAACUGUAGUAGGGAUGCUAGCAAAUUGCCCGUGGUUUUGGCUGUACCACAUCGAUGAUUCGUGACGGAACAUAAUCCUUUGGCUCAAUUUGCAUGGACAAUUUUUGUG